AUGUCUACUAAUGAAAAUAUUAGGGCCUCAAAGUUGAAGCAGGUAGUUUCGGAUAUCGGUGGACUCAAAAGUGUCGGUAAUACUACUAGCCGCAUCUCCAAGACUUUCAACGACGCUGCCUUACGCAAGCAGCAGACAGAUGACCCCGAGUUUCCGACGCACAAUGCAAACUACUGCCACUUUUUGCACAAGUCCGCCAGCUUCCAGGAGCAGAUCGCGCUGCACGGCGCGAGCAUGCAGAAGAAGGUGCACCACACCUCUUGGCUGCAGUUCUUCCAGGUUGUCAUCAUCGUGCGCAUUCUCGAUGAUUCGAUGUUCAACAUGCUCAACUACACGCUAACGACGAUGACAACGGGCUGGGGACUCUGUCGGCUGUCAAGGAGAAGGACUCGAUGAACAUCGACAAGUGCACGCCCUCGCACAGGUCGUAUCCUGCUCGCCGCCGCCGCCGCUCGUGCAGCGCCAGCACGCACUGCUCCUGCAGCAGCUAUGCAUAGGUUUGGUUGUACAACUUGGUGACGUACGACUAUAAAGUAGAUAGCUCAUCUCCCCACCACCAGCUGCUCCUCACCCUCCUCGUCGACGCGCUCAAGUGCGAGUAGCAUGAUGUUUGCGAUCCUCCGUGCUCGAACGCGGAGUGUAAGUGUGACCGAAACUCGGGCGCAGUGGAGCAACAACGACGACAGAGGGACGUCGGAAUCUCGGUAAUGCUCGCUUGGCGUUGAGAGAACGCAUGGGCUCAAGGGAGAGUUUGAUGCUUGAAGGGCUCGAGGACGCAGGGUGGCAGUGGUGCGGACCAUCGAGGGAGCGAGGGAGCGUGCAUGCGUGCGUGCCGUUGAGGAGGUUGAAGGAGGUCGAAUCUUGGGGCUAGGUAGCGGAUGUGUGGCAUGAGGGAAGGAAGGUCGAGUGUCGAAGGGGUUGUGUGUAUGGUC